GCUCAAAAUAUAAACACUGAUUCCUGCAAUUUACGCGCAGUUUAGAUUUGUAAGUUAAAUAGAGAAAAAGAUGAAGUUAGAAAAGUGUUUAACUGGUGAUAAUAUUAAUAAGAAUUUGUUGAACAUUCGCUAUGCGGUGCGAGGGCCCAUUGUGGACAGGGCUCAGCAGAUAGAACGGGAGUUGGAAAAGGGUGUCUCGAAGCCAUUCUCACGCGUGGUCCGCGCCAAUAUCGGCGACUGCCAAGCGCUUGGUCAGAAACCCUUCACCUUCGUCAGACAGGUUUUGGCUUUAGCAGCAUGUCCUGGAUUGAUAAAUUCACCAGAUAUACCUGACGAUGUAAAGGAAAGAGUUAAAGAAAUAUUGGAUGAUUGCACAGAAAGCUCAGUAGGCUCAUACUCGCCAUCUGCUGGUUUGAACAUAGUUCGUCGCCGCGUGGCGGAGUACCUCACAGCGAGGGACGGAGUGCCGGCCUCCAGUGACGACAUACACCUGGGGUCUGGCGCCUCUGAUGUUAUUAAGUCUGUGCUCACUCUCUUCGUUGAGGAUGUGGAUGGAAAGCCACCAGCGGUAAUGAUCCCCAUCCCGCAAUACCCGCUCUUCUCGGGUACCCUCUCUGAACUGGGUCUGGUCCAGGUGCCUUACUACCUCGACGAGGAGGCGGGCUGGGCGCUGCAGGUGGCCGAGCUCGAGCGCAGCUGGAGCCAGGCCAGCGUCAACAGCUGCGUCAGGGCACUCGUGGUCAUCAACCCUGGGAACCCUACAGGACAGGUUCUGUCGCGAGAGAACAUAGAAGAAAUAAUAAAGUUCGCACACAAACACGAGCUGUUCAUCCUGGCAGACGAGGUUUAUCAGGAGAACAUUAUUAGCAAACCGUUUCAUUCUUUUAAGAAGGUGAUGCACCAAAUGGGGUCUCCCUACAGCAACAUGGAGCUAGCCAGCUUCGUAACGAGCUCGAAGGGCUGGGCGGCAGAGUGCGGUCUGCGCGCGGGCUUCGUGGAGCUGCUGCGGGUGGCCGCGCCCGUGCUCAGCGCCUUCCGCGCGGCCAGGGCGGUGAUGCAGUGCCCGAAUGUGCUGGGACAGUGUGUUUUGGAUUGUGUUAUGCGUCCCCCCCGUCCCGGCGAGGAGUCCUACACCCGCUGGGCCGCCGAGCGCGCGCGCGUGGCCCGCGUGCUGCGCGAGCGGGCGACCACCGCACUCCGCACUUUUAAUGCCAUCCCGGGGUACAGCUGUAAUGUUAUCGAUGGCUCUAUGUUCGCAUUUCCGCGUGUAGAGAUACCUGCGCGCGCGCAGGAUAAGGCAGCACAGAUGAAUUUAGCUCCAGAUGAGUUCUACUGCUUACGACUAUUGGAAGAAACAGGUGUGUGCGUGGUCCCCGGCACAGGUUUUGGCCAGAAGUCCGGAACAUUCCACUUCCGUACCACGAUCCUGCAUCCGCGCGAUGAGUUCCAAUACAUGAUGGAGAGCAUCCAGCGGUUUCAUAAGAACUUUCUGCAAAUGUAUUCUUAAUUUAUGACUUUGCUAGUAAUUGGAUGUUUAAGUAUUUUAUACGGAGAAGUAUUCAUACAAAAUGACUGUUUUUUGGGUUACACAAAAUAUCGAUGGUUCUAAUUAUUAAUGGUGUUUUUAUGUUUGGUUGUAUUUAUAUGUGUUAUGUUUUAUUAAAUUAUUGAAAUAAAAGUAUUUUCUGCAA